AUGGCUGCUGCAGAAGAUCCUCUUGCGCCAGCAUGCGCGGAGGAGGAGCGGGUGGCCGUGGACAUGGCAAGCGGAGAUGCCGCGAAGCGCCUCCGGGGGAAAGUGAUGGCCUCCUUGAGCUGCAAGGAAGCAGAGCGGCUGUUGGAUGGCAAUUUCCGUGUGAAUGAUGAGGUCUGCUCCGCUUUGCGUGCAGCGUGGGACUGUGCUGUCCGCUUGGAGGCCCAACUCGGCGAGGCAGAUCGGCCGUGGGAAGAGCGAAACCGCUGGCUGCAGGACCUCGCCGCCGAGCGCGGCGAACUGGCUGAUCUCGAGGCCACGCUGCUCACAGCGAAGCUGGAGGUGCAGACGGCCUGUGCAUCAGCUACCGGAUUUCAGGCCUCGCGCUUUGCGCAGGUGCUGGAGGAGAACGUCACGUUCCGAGCUCGCUGCGCGCGGCUCGGGAGGCAGCUCGAGUCCGUUGUGCAGUCAGCCAGACGAAGCCUGCGAAUGCUGGGUGAGCGCCCGGAUGUGCGGCCCGAGUCCGAGGCAGCCGGCAUGGCCAGACGAUGGCGCCUGGAGUUCGAUGCCGCCAGUGAUGUGGUGGAAGCCAUGCUCCGGUCCCUGAGGCACCCCGAGGCUGCCACGGCUGUGGCCGCCACCUCCCUGGAGCAUGCGUUGGACCACAGCUGGAGAUUUGUAUUGGAGCUGGUCGGCUUGAUCGAGCGCUUGCUGGAUGGCCUCGAGGGCGAAGUUCGGGCCAGUGCUGAGAGCCUCCGGGAUCGACUCGAGUCCUCGCUCCCCCAGCUCUUAGAAGCGAAGCUUCAGGUGCAGGAUGCUGCUUCGCGUGGUCAGCCGCAGGAUGUGGCCACCUGCACCAGUGCUCUGACUGAGGCACAGAGCGGCCAGGUAGCUUCCUGGAAGUUGCUCACGGCCAAUGCCAUCGAUUUGAGCAGCAUUGUCCCGACAAAGUUUGCGGAGGAGAUGCUCCCGCACCCAGCAGCCUUCGGCACGGCCCCACCACUUCCCACUGAAAGGGCAGCGGACUUCCCUCCAGUCCUGCGCCUGUUGACCUACAACCUCUUCCUCAGGGCCCCGGCGCCACAGUUCACUCACAACACGGACAACGACCGCAAGGACGAGCGCCUCUGUCGCUUCGUCGAGCACCUGGCAAGGUACGACCUCUUGUGCUUGCAGGAGGUGUACGGCGCAUUUUCACAGAGACGUGAUUGGCUGAUCAACGUGGCGAAGCGAUUCGGUCUCAAGGACUCAUACCGCUCCUCCACCGGUGUCCGGCCACGAUUCAUUGUCGAUGGAGGACUGUUGAUCCUGUCCCGCCUGCCAAUAGUCUUCAAAUCGUCCCUCACUUUCGACCCUGGGACAAGUCUCGAUCGCUUCUCCGCCAAGGGUGCGCUCUAUGCCAAGGUGCAAUGCGGGCCUACAGGCCCUUUUCUCCACGUCUGCACGACGCACUUGCAGAGCACCUACUCAGAGGACUCCUUGCAGUCCUCGCAGGCGAUCCGGCACAAGCAGCUGAUGAGUUUGGUGAACUUCCUCCGGGAGCAAACCGACGACACAAUGUCGGAGACAGGUAAGUCGAGGCGUCGAUGGCCGCUUCUGCUUUGCGGCACACUGAACUUCAACGGCCGUCGUGGGCUAAUGGACGGCGGUCACAGUGCCGAGUACCGGGCAGUGAUGCAGCUUCUCCGGGAUGAGCUUGGGGAGGUGCGGGAUCUCCUUUUCGAUGUCUGCGGCACUCAUCCUGUGACAUACGCAGAUACACGGCUGACUGGGAACGGGGAGGUUCCCGUGGAGCGCGUUCUCACGAAUGCGCAUGUCUACAACAGCGACGUGCUGAAACGACAGUGCCUGGACUACAUGUUCUUCUUUCCGUACUGCCCUGCCCAAGACGCAGAGGAAAACGAGGAAGACGCCUCUAUGCUGGAACCCGUCGUUCCGGCCACGUGCCACGUGGAGAAGUUUGCGGUCGACAGGUCCAAAGAUGUCGGCGCACCCGUGACUCAGCUUUCGGAUCACUACGGUGUGGAGGCAACCCUUGCCGUGAUCGAAAGCCCGGCUUACUUAGCAGCAGAGCGGCCGACGCAGCGCUCGCGAGGCUUUGACCCACCGGUACUGAGCCGAGGAGCGAAAGCAGCGGAUGAAGGGUAUGCACCUUGCCAGGAUGGGAAGGCUGGCACGGCCGCGGUCGCUGAAGCCGACCAGAGCGAGGUCGUUGCUGAGACCUCGGGUGUGGCAAAACCCGAGGAUGUCGACCGCGAUGUUGCAGGGGUGUCCGCCAUGAACUUGCCACAGUCGGGGAGCGAUGAGCUGCCAAGAGAGCCACAGCAAGAGCCGGCAUCUUCAGCAGUUGCAGAGGUACUUGAGGCCGUCGCCUUCGAAGCAGACACCGACAUCACGGAUGACCCAAACCCAAACACCGUGGAGGCAUGUGCCGCCGAGUGA